GCUAUCCCUGCGCAGAUUGAUUUGGCUCACUCCCGAGCCAUGGCAGACGCUUUGAGGUUUGCUUGGAACAAGAAGUCCGCGGGUGCCGCGCCGCGGCCGCCGCUGGCCAAACCAAGCGGGGGCCUGACCAUCGCCCAGGAGGCCGCGGCCAACGCGGGGGAGCUGCCCGACGAGGAGAAGCAGCGGAAGCGGCUGGAGGCCUGGAAGAAGGUACAAGGGGCAAAGGAUGCGGGUGAGAAGCCCAGCGAAAUCGAGGAGAAGAUGGGCAAAGUCCAGGCUGCCUUGAAAGAGGUGAACCAGCGCAACCGAGAUCUCGGAGUGCGCAAAAAGAAGAAGAGGAAGAGAUCAAGCUCCUCCUCUAGCGAUGUCAUGAUUACAUCCACUGACAACACAGACUUAAUCAUCACCAGGGCAGACACGCAGCAGCCAGCCCGAAGAAGGGUUCCGAUUGCUGCUGGUGGGCCCAUCCAACUGGAUGAGGAGGUCGCAGCCAGCCCGGAGCAGGAAAAGGUCAAGGAGGCAGCGGAGGCUGCCCCGCCAGGCGAGGACGAGGAUGGGAUGACCUUCCUCUGAGGAG